UCCACUUUCCAACUCUACGGGACGUCGGAAGAUCGACAAGGUGUUGAAAAAGCCAGCGGCAAAUACGACGUUGGUGCAAUCGGGACAGACUGUAGCACGAGGCUAUGUUCCUGCUGAGUUGUUAUCUCCAUCAGGAAGUAGCAACCAGUACUCACGAACAUCAACGAGGAAGCGGGCAAUAUCUAACGAUUCGCCACGAACACUGGAUGGCUUUCUGCUCUUAGACUGGUGUCGAGUGGAGUUUCCUGACGAAGUCGUCCAGGCAGUUUUGAGCGACAUGCACAUUACAGACGUUGUGGCUGAGGACCUACUCUUUUUCACUAACUUGACACGGUUAGAUAUGAGUGACAACGAGGCCCCAUUAGAACCGUUUGGGUGCCUGCCAGCGCUCGUCGAGUUGGACUUCCAGUGUAACGCGUUAGAAGAGGUCAUGCUCAACAAUGGUUUCCAGAGUCUUGAGGUUCUGAAUUUAUCCUUCAACUGUUUAGGAUCGAAAGACCUUGAGGAGCUCUCGAAUCUGUUGCGUAUUCGCGAGCUAUAUCUUGGUAGCAAUCGAAUUCGAUCAUUACCACCGAUUAUGGAUCGCUUUUCUCGACUCGAGACAUUAUCUCUGGAAAGCAACAAUAUUUCUGGACAGGAAGUUUUUUCCUUUAUCGCCAUCAUGCCUCGCCUACGGAAUCUAAACCUGAGUUACAACAAGAUUACUGGUUUUCCUGAGUCUGCGUUGACUUUAGAAGAAAAGCGUGGUGCUGGGUUCUACAAUCUCAUCUACCUCAAUCUCGCGCACAACAUGAUUACCGAGGAAGAAGCUGUUGUACACACUACUGAGCUACGAAGCUUGCGAAAGCUCAUACUCUAUGGCAAUCCUCUGGCUCACGCCGCGGUCACCUCAUACGACCCAACCAAGCUGGCGUACGAUCCUGUACCGAGUUUGACAGCAAUAUUGAAUGAAAGAACAGCGGAUCAAAUUACAAUGACUAUUAUGGUGGCGUACCCCGCCACAAAGAAGAAGAAGCUGCACUCCAUGUCCUGUUACGAACACGUCGAGAUUUAUAAAAUGAUUCCGAACGAGGUGGUUCUCCAAUCUCCAUUCCACACACGAACAACCGAGUUCAUGCCGACAGUCAAUCCAGACACUGUCACGGAUAAAGAACUCCUAUCAAAACGACAGUCCGAUACUCCAUCAACACCUAUGAGGAGGCAAUUGAAGUAUAAUCCCAAUGACACUACCUUUCUGACGGGUGUGGGCAUUGAAGAUGUUCUUGCGGGUGCUGGGUCGUCAAAUGAACUUCCUGCAGUUCCAGCUUGUAUGAUCACGCGGUCGCUGGCUGUAGAUUCAAAAGACCUUCCGGCUAUGAACACAAGAAUGGCAGUCAAUGCUCUCCGUUACCAGCUUGAACACCCGCUGACAUCUCAUGAUGACUCUCAGCUCUACCCUGCCCAUUCUCAGCAACCCACUCAAGCUUAUAUGCAACGACAACGUCCUCGACGCCCGCUUCCGUCGAGGAAAGAAUCACCAACUUCGCCAAGUCGAUGUCGCGUAAACAAUGAAAGUGGAAUUUCUAAGCUCAAAGGUUCUCAACGUGUAGAUGACGCUCUCACCGAGUUGAGCCAUCAAGUUUCAAGUACUUGGGACCGUCGGCCAUUAAAUGGAUCCGAACAAGGCGUUGACAGAGCGCUAGACUCCCUUAUCACCACGGCCAACAAGCUCAACUUGACGUACAAAUCCUCACCCCAAGGAUCUGGACAAACUCGAAAAGCAUAAAAGCAGUAUGCAACGAGCACUCAUCUCUAUUAUAUACCAAACCUCUGACCUA